UUUUCUUAUUACUGGUAAAGACGAGUAUAUAAAGGAUAAGGGAGAGGAUUUUUCCUGGACUUUUCCUGCUGUGGCUUCAAACCCCACCACCCCCGCCCCACCAACACAAACACAUACACAUACACACCUUAUGGCUCAUAGAGUUCUUAACUUAGCUAGAUCAUUUUGCUCUAAAAGUCCUAAAACUUUUUCUAUAGAUUUAUGCACUUUUUCUCUUUUGGGUUUCUUCCAAUUUAUAAUAAGCUUUUCACACAUUUCAAAUUGAGUUUCUCCUACCACAUAAAAAGACUUUCACCCGAAUAGAGUUUAGAAAGUCAGAUAUAUGCGAACUUAUCAUUAUUAGUGACAAUGAAAACGUUGUCUUCGAUUGAUUUUUAAUAGUACGAUCAAUGAAUUUACAAAAAUAAAAAAAUACACAUAAUUAAAUUUCUUUUGCAUAGAAAAAUAAAUUUAUAAGAAAAACUAUAAUCAUGAUCUUUCUAUAAAGUGUGCACUUUUUCUCUCUUUAAACAUAUAAAAGGAGGGUAAUCUAAUAAGGAAACUAGCUCUAUUUCCACGUUUGGUUGCAUUACUUGUUCCAUGAGUUUUAACUUUUAAUAGAGAGGAAAAGCAAAAAAAAGAGAAAAGAAAAGAAAUUAUUCUGAAGUCUGAAACUGUGCAACUAGCCAGCAAUACUACAGCAGAAUUAUGGAAGCUUUGAAAGUGACUUCGUUCACGAAAAAAACACAUAUAAUACUCCAAAACUCUCCACUAAUCAUCAUCAUCACUUCUUCACGGGUCAAUCUUAUAAGAUUUUAAUUUUAAAAAUGUUUUUUCUUGGGUAUUUCUGCAUAUCUCAAAACUUUUUGAAUUUUCUUUUUAUUUAUUAUACUUAUUUUUGAUUUUGCUACAUUAUAUCUUAUAUGUAUUACUUGUAAAUAACUAUUAUUUCGAUUUGCAUGAUGUCAUCAAUUCUUCACGAGCUAUUCUUAUAAUAUUUUAUUUUUUAAAAAAAUUAAAAAUUAUUGGGUAUUUUGUGUAUCUUAAAACUUUUUGAAUUUUCCAAUAGCUAGUACUACUAUUUAUCAAUAUUUUUGGAUGUAUAUAAUGUCACCGCCACAUGUCGACUUGUUUUUAUUGAAAAAUCCCAUCUUUGCUUUGCUAUUUCUCUCUCUACAUCUGGGUUAUUCACCUCUAGACUCUAGUCUUCCCCUCAUUCAUUCUAUUAUCAAUUCCAAACUAGGUACCAAAAAAGAGGAAAUAUGAAAAUUUUUUUGGUUCCAAGAUGGGAUUUUUAGAGUGGUUUUUGACUUAUAUAUAAGAUUAGAUUAGAAUCAAACAAACAAAACUUUGCUAAAAAGAUAUACUUCAUAUAUAUAGUGAUUAGUUAAUUUUAUCUGUGUUUUUUUGUUUUACCUUGUACUUGGAGGUUUCUUGAAGACAAUGUUCCAAGCAGCUCUGUCCAAUUCGACUUUGUCUGAGGAAGCUUGUAGCUUUAACCCAUUGAUACUACAAAACACUAGUAAUAUCCUCACACAACAACAAAAACAAGAACAUCCUCCCAAAAACGUCAAGAAAAAGAGAAGUCUCCCAGGAAACCCAGACCCAGAUGCAGAGGUGAUUGCACUAUCACCAAAAACACUAUUAGCAAAAAAUAGGUUUAUUUGUGAGAUCUGCAACAAAGGGUUUCAAAGAGACCAGAAUCUUCAGUUACACAGAAGAGGGCAUAAUCUUCCAUGGAAGCUUAAGCAAAGAAAUAAGAAUGAAGUUGUGAAGAAAAAAGCUUAUGUUUGUCCUAUAACUAGUUGUGUUCAUCAUCAUCCUUCAAGGGCUCUUGGAGAUCUUACUGGAAUUAAGAAACACUUUUGUAGAAAACAUGGUGAAAAGAAAUUUAAGUGUGAGAAAUGCUCAAAAAUUUAUGCAGUUCAAUCAGAUUGGAAGGCUCAUUCCAAAACUUGUGGCACUAGAGAGUAUAAAUGUGAUUGUGGUACCCUUUUUUCCAGGAAGGAUAGCUUCAUAACUCAUAGAGCAUUUUGUGAUGCAUUAGCUGAAGAAAAUGCAAGACUCUCAACAAACCCUUUUUCAAACCCCCUCUUUCCACCACCACCUUUCUCCACUCUUCCAACCUCCCAAAACCCUAAUGAUUCUCUCUUUUCAUUCACUUCUGCCUCUUCAAACCCUCUCUCCUCUACUCCAUGGGAUCCACCCCCUCAAAAUCCUAACCCUCUUAUCCAAAUCAAGACUGAAAAUCCCCAUGUCUCACCAGCUCCUUUCUUCCAACCACCCCCUCUUUUCAGUAAUCCCUCUAAGAGUUUAUUAACCAGCAUGUCCUUAACGUCAUCCGACAUGACCACCAUGUCAUCAGCUAACUUCCUCUCGGCCACUGCCCUCCUUCAAAAGGCUGGCACUUUAAGUAUCAUAGGGAACAACUCUGCAAUGUCAACAAUGGUAGGUGGAUUUGACGAGCUUGGAACAUUAUCGCCCCAAGUGGGGUCCGUUACAACCACCACAAAUAUGGCGCAGAUUUUACCACCACAGUUAUCUUCAUCAUUAAACGCGAACACCACAACAGCAACUACCACCACCAUCACCAAUCAUCAAAGCAGCGAUCAAUUCUCCGCCAUGCUAGCCACAUGGCGAAAGAACACUGAUGGAUUGACAAGAGAUUUCCUAGGACUCACUGCAGGGGAUUAUGACACCAAUGUAAGUGAUGAAAUGGAUAGGAAUAUGCUAAAGUUCACAGGUGGGUUACAGUACCAAAUGGCAGCUGCUUAUGAUCAUGACAACUCAUCAUCAUCAUCAAUAUUGUUGAAGCCUGAACAGCAACAACAUGAUCUUAUUCAUCAUCAUCAUGAUCAUCAAGAAGUUGAUGGUUUUGGUUUUAUUGCUGCUGAACCUCCAACUGCAGCUGCCUCAGUCUCUAGGUGGGGGUAAUUUUAGUAUAGGCAUGGGAGUUUUUUGUCACUCCUAAGUGAAAUUUAUCUCUUUACCCUUAUACCAUGCAAAAUUAUAUGAAAUGUAGUUGUUGUGGAGAUAAAGUUAAGAGAAGGUAGCCUAUUAGGACGGGGACAUGCCUCUAGAACCAACGGCCAUUUACAGAGGUACUUGUAUACCGUUCCAAUAGAGUUAGUUUUUGUUUCCCUUUUUGGUUACAGUUAGAGCUUCUUAGAAUUCUUCUUUGGAGAGUACUUAAAAUUGUGCAUUGUAGUAAUUUCAUUAUAAUUUUACUAUUGUAUGAUUUUGAAUAGGAGUAGAAUAGAUAUUCACAUAAACUCAAAAUGAAAUUAAAUUCAAUGCUUAGCGACAAAGUCAUAUUUUUU